UGGCGGUAAAGUUGUAAAAGCGACAAUGACAGAAGAUAAAGACGGCGAAGUCGUCGUGAAGUUUAUAGGCGAUGAAGAUGUUUUCGAAAAUAUCGUACAUAUUUCUCUCAAAAGGGAGAAAAAUAAAAAUGUUGGAGUAUCUACAACAAAGUUGAAUGCUUGUAAACUUUCUACUGAUCAGGAAUUGAUAACAGAUGAAGAAGUAAUACAUAAAAGAGUCAGAAGAAAUGAAGAUAAUGCAUCAACAAAUCCAAAGAAUUCAAUAAAAUCUACAAGAGUUAAGAAAGUGGUUCAUUCUCAACAUAUAUCUGAUUCUGAUAAUGGAGGUGAUGACGGUGAAGAAGAAGUCAAAGAUACAUUUAUAAAAGAUUUUGAAUUUAACAAUUACUUCAUUCAAAGUGGAAAUAAUAAACAUAAAACAUCAUCACAUACACUAGCAGAAUUGAAAAUGACUCUAAGUGAUGAUAAUUUAAGGAAAGAUUCACUCAAGAGUUUAAAAGAUUUACAUGCAAAAGAAAAGUAUUUGCUAAGACAAAAAUAUCGUCAUUUAUAUAAUAAGUGGUACAUUCUAUUAAAUGAAGGUUUCAACAUACUUCUUUAUGGGCUUGGAUCAAAAAUUCAAAUAAUGGAAGAUUUUUAUAAAGAAAUGCUAGGAAAUUCUGAAAUUUUAGUCAUUAAUGGUUUUUUCCCAGGGUUAACAAUUAAACACAUUUUAAAUACAAUAACAGAAGAUGUGAUCAAACAUAAUAAAACUUUCCGAGAUCCUCUCGAUCAAGUAAAAUUCAUAAUGGAAGAAAUGGAUAAAAAAAAAAUGGAAGAGCUGUAUUUGAUUAUUAACAACAUAGAUGCACCUUUACUUUGCUCCGAAAAAAGCCAAUCACUUCUUAGUUAUUUAAUUCAGUCUCCUCAUAUUCAUGCCGUAGCAUCUAUAGACCACAUAAAUGCACCUUUAAUCUGGGAUCAAACUAAAUUAAAUCGAUACAAUUGGAUUUGGUUUGAUGCCACUACGUUUUCUAUAUAUAGCAAUGAGACAUCAUACGAGAACUCUUUACUAACACAGAAACAUGGAAAAUUGGUCCUGAGUUCUCUAAUACAUGUGUUUAACAGUCUUACACCAAACGCUCAAGGCAUAUUUAUGAUAUUGGCAAGGUAUCAGUACGAUCAGAAAGACAAUAGCAAUUAUACAGGAAUGUUGUUUCAAGAUUGUUAUCAACAGUGCAGAGAAGCAUUUUUAGUAAACAGCGAUUUGACAUUAAGAAGCCAGUUGACUGAAUUUAUCGAUCAUAAACUCCUUCGUCUCCGAAAGAGUUUGGACGGAACAGAAAAUCUUACUCUCCUCUUGAAUGAAAAUACCCUUCAAGAGUUUUUAGAAUUACAAGAUGAUAGUUAGUUUGAUACAAGUGCUGAGUAAGGAGAAAUGAAUUUACAUCAUUUUGAUCACGGUAACCCACAGGAAGUUGCUGAAGGGUUUAACAGGCUGCAUCCAGAUUGUCAUAUAUGAUUAGGGGAAGUCUAGAAGAAGCCAGGUAAACUCUUUGACAACUUCUUACCAACUGCAAAUAUCCACCAUCAAAAUAACUUGAAUUUGUUCUUCCUUACUCGGCACUGUGAUUUACUCAUAAAGGAAUAAACAAAGAUCAACAUAACUCGUAUGGUUCCAGACUUACGUUACACCCAGUGUAUUUUUUUAAAUGUUUACAAUUUAUUAUAAUUGGAAGAUAUUUUGCACCACAUGCAUUUGAAAGUAGCAGUGUAUAUUAUUAAUAUAUUCCUCUAAAUGUUAAUAAAUGUGCAUUAUAAAACAUUAGAAAUGUAAUUUAAACCUAUAAUUUUUAAGUAAAAAACUUAAGAUGAUGA